AUGGGAUCAAGGAGCCAGUCUGAAGAUCAGUCGACGUUUGAUCCGAAUUACUCCCCGCCAAAUACAGUGGACUUUGCCACUCAGGAAGUCUUAGCUGCUCUUGCUGCAGAAGCUGAGGUUGGUGAUCACAUAGCUUCUCAGGAAGCUGGUGUAACUCAUGCUGAUGGGAAGCAGAAAGGAAGCAGAAAAAGGCUUAUCAGUCUUGUCGAUGAUACUGAUGAUUCUGAUGUUGAAAUCAGUCAACCAACCCAAAAAACCAAGCCUCGCAGACAGACCAGUUUCGGAACAGCCACGGGAAAACCCAUGUUGCAAUCCACUAUAGAUGGUGGUGUUGGCUCGUCUGCACAGGUGUGUAGUAAGGGGAAGUCUGUUCCUAUGAAGUCUGUGAUUCGUGGAGGGAGAAGAAAGUCGCCUACGAAGCCCAAAAAGAAGAAGGUUUCGCCUACUCAGUCGCAAAAGAAGAAGGAGAAGGUCGCAGAGGACAUACCCGAGCUUGGUGAUGAACUGGAUGAAGAAGAGUUUGAUGUGGAUGAAAUCGGUGAAGAGGAACGGGAAGAGAGGCAAAAAUCAGAUGUCUGGAAAGAUUUCAAGGUGGUCGAAAAACCCAAUGGAAAGUUGAAAGCUGCAUGCAAUCAUUGCAAACGUGAGUAUGCAUGGCAAUCUCAUUCGCAUGGAACCAGUGGGUUGAGAAGACAUCGGGAGAGAUGUAAAAUGUAUCCAAGGAAUCGAGGAAGGCAGCAACAACUCAAUAUCGAAGGGAAAGUGGUAUCUCGCAAGUACGAUCAUACUGUGUUUAGGCAGAUGGUAGCUAAGACGAUAGUCCAGCAUGAUCUACCUUACUCGUACGUGGAGUAUGAAAGAGUGAGAGACACCUGGAAGUAUUUGAACGCUGAUGUCCAAACCAUUUGUCGAAACACAGCGAGAGCAGAUGUGUAUAGACUCUAUGAAAGCGAGAGAGACACACUCAAGAGGGAAUUAGCGACUCUCCCUGGACGAGUCUCCUUCACGUCUGACUUGUGGACAUCCGUGAAACGGGAAGGAUACAUGUGUGUGACAGCACAUUACAUUGAUCGAAAUUGGAAGUUGAACAGCAAGAUCCUGACGUUUUGUGCUCUACCACCACCACAUACCGGUAUGAGUAUUGCGGUUCAACUCCUCACGUCACUGAAAGAGUGGGGAAUUGAUAAGAAGGUGUUCUCAGUCACAUUAGAUAAUGCUACAAGUAAUGACUCCAUACAGGACAUUGUGAAGUCGCAGCUGAAUUUGAAUGAUGAUUUGUUGUGUGGAGGAGAGUUUUUUCAUGUAAGAUGUGCAGCUCACAUACUUAAUCUCAUAGUGCAAGAUGGGUUGAAGGUUAUUGGAGACUCUUUGCAGAAAGUAAGAGAGAGUGUUAAGUAUGUAUUAGGAUCGGAAAGCCGUGAACAAUUGUUCCAAAAAUGUGUGGAUGCUGCGGGUGUAGUAGAAAGUGGGUGGCUGAUACUGGACGUGUCGACGAGAUGGAACUCAACUUACUAUAUGCUUGAAAGAGCCCUCAAGUACCGUAAAGCAUUUGUUAAGUUGGAGACAUUUGAUAAAAAGGGUUAUAAAACAGCGCCCACAGAUGAGGAAUGGACUAGAGCCGCUAAUAUCUGCGAUUUUUUGGGUCCUUUUGCUGUGAUCACAAGCUUGAUGUCUGGUUCGAAUUACCCGACUGCAAACCUGUAUUUCUAUCAGGUUUGGUUGAUCCAUGAUUGGCUUCGGAGAAAUGAGGAAAGCGCAGAUGAGAUUGUCAGAUACAUGGUGCGACCGAUGAAGGAGAAGUUUGACAAAUAUUGGGAUGAAGUUAGUGGUGUUUUUGCAAUGGCAGCAGUCUUUGAUCCACGGUUUAAGCUUUCAAUUGUUGAAUGUUGUUUAGGGAAGCUUGACAUAAGUACACGUGAUGCAAAGGUGAAGAACUUGCGUGACAAGCUCAGUAUUCUGUUUGAGACAUACGACAAAAACUCCAAGAAUAACUCACCUUCCACUGAGCCACGUGACACUGUUCCGCAAAAAGCUUGUGCGACAGGAUCAAUGGGACUGUUUGGAAACUACAAUGAUUUCUUUGCAUUUCGCAAAGUCAGUGGAAUUGUUAGUGGAAAGACACCUCUAGAAGCUUAUCUUGAAGAACCACCUUUGGACAUUACUAAUUUCCAGAGUUUGGACAUCCUCGAUUGGUGGAAAGAUAAUGCGCAUCGGUAUGGUGACUUGGCUGCAAUGGCAUGUGAUCUGCUAAGUAUUCCAAUCACAACAGUGGCUUCGGAGUCCUCCUUCAGUAUUGGAUCGCGAGUUCUAAACAAAUAUAGGAGUCGUCUACUCCCAAAAAAUGUGCAAGCUCUGAUAUGCACUAGGAAUUGGAUCAAAGGAUAUGAAUCUUACGCACAUGAUGAAGAAAUCGAUGGUGAUGGAGAAGAAGAGAAAUUACCAACAUUUGAAUCCAUUGUUGAUGGGGAAGAUGAAGAUGAGUAG